AAUAAACUAUCAAUAGAAAAUCAAUAUUUCGGCAAAUUUUUCUAAAUUUCUGGUUUAAUUCCUUUUAACAAAAAAUGAUAGAUACUAUUUUGGAUACCGUUUUCAAUGGUCUGCUUAUAGGGACCACCGGUUACUCUAUGUUCGCUGUAAAUCCUGUGGAGCACCCAUUUGCCUUUACCGCUAGUUUUGUUGGAUUUUGUCAUGGUUGUACGGGCAUUUAUACGCGUUUCUUUGAUAGUUCUUGCGGCGCUGAAGUUUCUGAAGGAAAAUGUACGAAUCGUGUUAAGAAACUAACUAGCAGUUGCAUGGAAAUUAUAACUGUUCCCUUAGCUAAUAUGGAUCUCUAUAGAAGUUCUCAGCAGAGUAGUGCUUUAGCUUUGGGUCAUGGUUUAUUUAUUAUACCAUUGGCUUUUGAUUUGACUUUCAAAUUCUUUGCUACGGAAGGAGAUGAGGGUGAAUCUACUGCAAUUUUAAAAGACCUUACUGUAUUGGGGAAUAUUGUUUCUCUAUUGUUCUUCGCGGUAAACGAAAAUAAUCUUCCAGCAGGUAUUAUGUCUUUAUCAGCAUUUUUUUCCUACUCGGGCUCAAUGGUCAUGGAGUAUAUGUUGAAUGGAACUGAGGAGAAGUCUACUUUAGCAGGCUAUGCAUUAUUCUUUGCUUGUAUGUCUUCAGCUCUAAGCGCUGGGGGUGAAGUAGCGACAUGAAAAAAUUUCAUAAUUUUGGAAUCCACUAUUCAGACAAAUAAAAAUUGAAA